AUGAGUGAUGCUCUGUGUGGUCCCUCGAAUGCGCUGCAGAACUUCCAGAAGCAUGCAUCUGUUGAUCGUACCCUUCAGCAAGAUAGAAUCAUUUCUCGACAAUCGCCUUCUCAAGGGUUUCGAUCUCAAAAUUCAAGCCAAGGGGUUCUCGAUCCCGAGUUUGCCGCAUUUGAGUCCGGUCUAGCAGGAGCGCCGCUUCCCGAUGUACAGCAUGCCGGCCCUUUCGUUCCUCCCUCUCAGCAUUUCCCCGUAUCAGGCCCGGCAGAAUCGUCAAACUGGGCGGCAGACUUUCAGAAUAUGCAUAUAUCGGGACCUUCGCAUUCUUUCCAUCAAACAUCAGGACCAUCUGUAGCGCCGAUGGCAGCCAUGUCACAACAGGGUUGGCAGAAUGAGUUCGCUCAGCAGCAACGACCCUCUUUCCAGCAGCAUCAGCCACAUGUCCAAGGGCUUCAGCCAACCUUUGCACCUCGCUUCCCUAUGACUGGUGCUGCUUUCCCCCCUGCGCAAGCCACCGCAGCAAACCAGCAACCGAUGGCCGACACAUUUGAUGAAUCGGCGUUUGAAGCUGCAUUUGAGCAGGCACGGGCAGACAUGAUGUCGCAGGAAACCGAGACUGCACCUGUUCACGCUGAGGAAGUCGUGGAAGAGACGAAUUAUGUUACGGCUGAAAGCACGGAAGAGAAGAUCAAGAUAGGGUCGGAUACCAUUCCCCAGACCGAGAAGAACGAUCAACAGGCACGGGUGAAUGAUGCGGACGAGCUCGCCCGAACUGCGGGGCAGCUUUUAGACAGUGUCAAAUAUGAUCAAAGCCAGAAGUUCAGAGAAAGCAACUUCCUUGCCUUGAUGCGCCGCAUUCGCGACCGUGAGGUUCAGAUCGAGGGGGAUGAAUUUCGCGAAAUUCCGCAUCCAUUGCACCCAGGCGGCAAAUAUUAUCCGGAACGUCGGAAAGCACGGCAAGGGCAGACAAUAGGAGAUACGGACCAUCAUGCCCGCGGAGACGCUACACCCAACACUACGAGCGCCAUGCAUGGGAUUUCGUCUAAAGGAAACUCCACCUCAAUCACAAGUGGAAAUAAUCCGGAAAGCUCACCUGGUGGCUUCGGCCCUAGCGGUGAUUACUCUGUAUACGGGGAUUGGCAUCAUGGGGACCGCUGGGCUUAA